AUGAAUAGAUGUACUUUCACGUUUGUUAGUAUUCGAACAUUAUUACCAAUUCGUGUGACAGGUGUUCAACGUACUUGGGAGUAUUUAAAAGAAGAAUUUAAUCGUAAAAGCGACGGUGUUGGUGAUAAUGCAAGAUAUUAUGAAACCUUUGGACCUGGUCCGAAAUUAUUUGCUGUUAUAGGGGAUAAAGUGUACUAUCACGACGCAGAAGAAUGGGUAACGUACAACAGUGCAACAGAUAUCUCCUAUGCAUACGACGUCGAUCUAUUAGCAGCAGAAUAG